UUUUUAGAUUAUUUCCACUUAAUAGUGUAUUUAUUCACUUUUAAGCUGUUCACAUUGUCUUACAGACCUGUAUGGAGAUGACAACGCCAAUGUGUGCAUCCGGUCCUGUGAACAUAAUGCCCCCACUAAACUGGGAUCUCAAAGCCUUUUCAACUGAUUGUCAAAGUCGGUAUGGUGUCACUCCACGCGUCAAUUGGUCAACCGUUGAAUUUUGGAAUAAAUCAGUGUCUACCACUACCAAUGUUGUAUUUAGCAAUGGUGAAAUUGAUCCAUGGUUCGCAUUUUCUAUUACUAAUAAUAGUCAUGUGCCCUUAGCUACUGUUAUCAAUAUAGCUGAUGCGGCUCAUCACUUAGACUUGAGAUCUCCUAAUCCUGCUGAUCCUGAAAGUGUUGUGAAAGCAAGGGAUAUUGAAAAACAGAAGAUAAUUCAAUGGAUAAAAGAGUGGAAAGUUAGAAGUUCCACACAGAAAUUUUUCUCUAAAGUUUUACAAUUUAAUUCCUUAUUAGAUUACUUUGCAUAACUUUGUAACAAUUUUUUAUCAUGCUUCAUUUAAAAAAAAGAUUUUACCUAA